AUGGAUGUGUUUCUCAGGAUCCAGCGUCACAAGACCACCAUCUUCACGGACACCAAGGAAUCGAGCACCGUGUUCCAGCUGAAGCGCAUCGUCGAGGGCAUCUUCAAGCGGCUGCCGGACGAGCAGCAGCUGUACAAGGAUGACCAGCUCCUUGAUGACGGAAAAACUCUGGGUGAGUGUGGCUUCACUAGCCAGACAGCACGAGCACAGGCCCCAGCCACAGUGGGCCUGGCCUUCCGAACAGAGGAUGCCUUUGAAGCCCUGAGCAUUGAGCCCUUCUCCAGCCCUCCAGAGCUUCCAGAUGUUAUGAAGCCACAGGAUUCUGGAGGAAGUGCCAAUGAACAAGCUGUGCAGUGAGGGCCCCAGGCCCC